AUGCGCAACGGAGAUUUUGCCCCUACAAGGCUACAGGCACAGAGUGAUGCUGUCAGCCUCUUGUGUCAGGUUAAACGCCAAGCAAAUCCAGAAAAUACUGUCGGUCUCAUUUCUUUAGCCAACACAGAAGUUCUAUGUACUCUCACUAGUGAUAUGAGCAAAAUAUACAAUCGCCUUCACCUUAUUCAGCCCAAGGGUGGAAUUAGCUUUUGUACGUCAGUUCGCAUUGCUCAUCUUGCUCUUCGGCAUCGUCAACUCCGCCACCAGAAAAUGCGCAUUGUGUGCUUUAUUGGAAGUCCUAUUGGAGACGAUGAAAAAGAAAUGAUUAAACUGGCAAAGCGUUUGAAAAAGGAGAAAGUAAAUAUCGACAUUGUAAACUUUGGGGAAGACGAAGUUAACCAAAAAAAACUACUGGAAUUCAUCGACGCGGUUAAUGGAAAGGACGGCACAGGCUCGCAUCUAGUUACUGUGCCUCCUGGGACCGUGCUUCAUGAGUCGCUCGUUACAAGUCCAAUCAUCGCUGGAGAGGACGGCGGCAGUGCGUUGGCAGGGUCUGGUUUGGGCUUGGAAUUUGGCUUAGAUGCAGCAGAAGAUCCAGAUCUACUUUACGCUUUGAGAGUUUCAAUGGAAGAUCAACGUAUGCGCCAAGAGCAGGAGGCAAACGUUACGGGUGGAGCCGCGCCUGUUGCUUCUGCUACGCUUCCAGGCGUGUCUGGCACUUCGGAGGAGGCUUUGCUUCGACAAGCUCUGGCAAUGUCUAUGCAAGUUGAUCCAGCAAAUACAGAUCCUUCCCCGAUUGACUUGGCUAACAUGUCAGAGGAGGAUCAGAUUGCGUAUGCGAUACAAAUGUCGAUGCAAGCACAGGAAGCUGAAAAGAAACCUGAAGAGGAUAAGCCAGCCCCAGACAACAAUAGCAACGUUCUGAAAAUGGACACCGAUGAAGCCCUGCCACCUACCCCGAUUUCCCAACAGUCCGGUAACAGCGGAACACUAGCUGCCGUUGUAGACACGAUUAUGGGCCAGAGUGCAGAAUCUCAGUCCGAUGACAAAAAACUGGAGGCAGAUUACGAACCCGAAUUUCUGCAAAGCGUCCUCGAGACUCUGCCAGGUGUUGAUCCGCAGCACGAAGACGUCCGAAAAGCCAUCGAGUCCCUAACCGGAAAGCCGGUCAAACCGUCCGAAAAGAAGGAGCCGCCUGAAAGUGGGGAGGGACAGCACUAG